GCAAACUAGAAAUUAUCAUUUGCAUGCCAUAGAACUUUGACUUCUGAAGGGGAGUGUUUCACUAUGAUGUCUUUCAGCAACGAUGCAAAAUUGUUCUUUGUUUUGUUCAUACUCUGUUGUUAUGUGUUGAAAGUUGGUAUUGCCAUGGACAGCAUCACCUCAUCGCAAUCCAUGAAGGACCCUGAUAUACUAAGUUCCAAAGAUGGUAACUUCACGUUGGGAUUCUUCACCCCUCAAAACUCCACAAACCGCUACGUUGGAAUUUGGUGGAAGUCUGAGUCCACAGGCAUAAGGGUUGCUAACAGAAACCAACCAUUGAAAGAUUCUUCUGGAGUUGUUACCAUUUCUGAAGAUGGCAAUCUUGUGGUGCUCAAUGGACAGAAACAAGUCAUUUGGUCAACAAAUGUGUCCAAUUCAUCAACCAAUACAAGUUCAGAGUUUUCAGACUCGGGUAAGCUUGUACUCAUGGAAACCACAAUGGGAAAGAUCUUGUGGGAUAGUUUUCAGCAACCUUCAAAUGCAUUAUUGCCUGGAUUGAAACUUUCAAGCAACAGAACAGGUACGAAAGUAGAACUUACAUCAUGGAAAAGCCCUUCUAAUCCCUCUGUUGGGAGUUUCUCUUCCAGUAUUGUUCAACGCAUAAAUAUAGUUGAAAUGUUCAUUUGGAAUGAAACUCGACCAUACUGGCGCAGUGGUCCAUGGAAUGGUGGAUUCUUUGUAGGGAUACCGACUGUGAGUACUUCUUACCUUUCUCGUUUUCUAGGUGGAGAUGAUGGGGAAGGAAAUAUAGAUAUAUAUUACAAAGUAGGCAGUGAAUUUGUAAUCUUUAUGUUGAAUUCACAAGGCCUAUACGAAGAAAAAAUGUGGGAUGAUGAGAAGAAAGAAAUGGAAGUUAUAUGGACUAGUCGAGGAUCGGAUUGUGAUGUUUAUGGUAUAUGUGGACCUUUCACAAGCUGUAAUGCAAAGAGGUCACCAAUAUGUAGCUGUUUGAAAGGGUUUGAGCCAAGGAACAAAGAGGAAUGGAAUAGACAGAACUGGACUAGUGGAUGUGUUAGGAGAACACGUUUGAAGUGUGAAAGGGUCAAAGAUCAAAACACAAGUAUAGAUACAAAGGAAGAUGGAUUUUUGAAACUGCAAAUGGUUAAAGUUCCAGAUUUUCCGGAAGGGUCCCCUGUUACUCAAGACAUAUGCAGAAGCCAGUGCUUGAAGAAUUGUCCUUGUGUUGCAUAUUCUCACGAGGAUGGCAUUGGUUGUAUGUCUUGGACUGAGAAUCUACUUGACAUACAACAAUUCUCAACCGGAGGACUUGAUCUAUAUGUUCGUGUGGCCCAUUCUGAACUUGGUAAAGGAAAAAAUACAACAAUCAUUAUUACAAUUACAGUCAUAAUAGGAACUGUCAUCAUUGUUACUUGUGCCUUUGUCAUGUGGAGGAUUUCCAAUCACCCGGCUAAAUUAUGGCACUUAAUUAAAUCAGAAAGGAACAGGAACAACGAGGCUAUCCAACAAUUUAAUAAUGGUGAAUCAUCAGAACAUCCAAUCCACUCAGUCAUUGAAGAACUGUCACAAGUUAAACUCCAGGACAUGUUACUGUUUGAUUUCGAAAGAGUUGCAAGAGCAACAAACAACUUCCACCUGUCGAACAAACUUGGGCAGGGUGGUUUUGGUCCUGUGUACAAGGGGAAACUGCAAGAUGGACAGGAAAUAGCAGUUAAAAGACUUUCCAGAGCAUCUGGACAAGGUCUAGAAGAAUUCAUGAAUGAAGUAGUGGUGAUUUCCAAGCUUCAACACCGCAAUCUUGUAAGACUAUUUGGCUGCUGUGUUGAAGGUGAUGAAAAGAUGUUGAUAUAUGAAUACAUGCCAAAUAAAAGUUUGGAUGUGUUUAUCUUUGAUCCAUCAAAAAGAAAACUCCUGGAUUGGAGGAAGCGUUGUAGCAUAAUAGAAGGAAUAGCUCGAGGUUUGCUUUAUCUUCACCGAGACUCUAGACUAAGAAUCAUACAUAGAGAUUUGAAGACAAGCAAUAUCUUAUUAGAUGAAGAGUUAAAUCCAAAAAUAUCUGACUUUGGUAUGGCCAGAAUCUUUGGAAGGAGUGAAGAUCAAGCCAAUACUAACAGGGUUGUGGGAACUUACGGCUAUAUGUCCCCUGAAUAUGCUAUGCAAGGAUUAUUUUCAGAAAAAUCAGAUGUGUUUAGUUUUGGUGUUUUGGUACUAGAGAUUGUUAGUGGAAGAAGAAACUCUAGCUUUUAUGAAGAUGAGCAUGCUCUUAGCCUUUUAGGAUUUGCCUGGAUACAAUGGAGGGAAGGCAAUACAUUAUCUUUAAUAGAUCAAGAAAUUUAUGAUCCUGGUCAUCAUAAUGAUAUUUUAAGGUGCAUACACAUAGGACUUCUUUGUGUACAAGAACUCGCUAUAGUGAGGCCCAGUAUGGCUGCAGUAAUUUCUAUGCUUAACAGGGAUGCUGCAUUACUUCCUCUUCCAAGUGAACCUGCAUUCAUUCUGCGGCAAAAUAUGUUGAAUUCGGCGUCAUCUAAAGGAACUCAUAGUUCUUACUCUGUCAACACUAUUAGUACUACGGAUAUUUGUGGUAGAUAGCAAAAUAAAAGUUAUAAGCAAGGUGAUCAUGUGAAGUUUUGCUCAGUGUAAUUGUACCAUGAUUAUAUGCUGUACAAGAAAGUAAUUUUAAAAACCGUGGCCACAGUUGGAAUGGAAAUACGAAAUCUAUCAAAAUAUAUGUAAUCUAUGAAUGCCAAGACUCCUUCUCGAAACCUACACAUAAGCAUAAGCUAACCAUAGACUAUUUGACAAGUCUAAUUAAUCACGUACACCAACUUAUUUAAAAAUUAUACAAAAUCAUGUCUUUAUACAAAAUAUAAUAAUGCCAAAAAUAUUUAGGAGGGAUUAAAUAAAAUAUAUAAGACUUGUUUUCCAACCAAAAAACAGUUGAAGAAUACUAAACUAUGUGAGAACUAGAACUGAAAUAUAAUAAUAGUUUAACUCAAGCUUAACUGAACUGUUAAAUAGUUCAUGUGAAUCAAACUAAACUAUUUUUUAGUUCAAUUAACUGCAUUUUAAAAGCUUGAAUUGAACUAUUUUUUUUACUCUAAAACAAUUUUUUCUUAUGUUUUUGAAUUGAAUGAAACUUAUUUAAACUACAUCAAAUCAUUCCUUUGAACCAAAAUUAGUUAAAAAUGGUUUUUCAAUUUCAUAUCAACCAUA